AGGAUGAAUGGAUAGAUUAUGAAAAAAUAUGAUGAUUGCUCUGCUAGUAUUCAUCUAUCAAACAUGCUCUUCUCAAGCUGUUCACAAAACAGGGUUUCCUGUGCUUGCAGUUCACGAAAAGAGUAUCAUUGCUAUCAAGGAUAAAAGUAACGAAGUACUUGCUCAAAGAAGUGCUAGUGUUGAUAGUGUACAGUUCUAUGAACUAAAUGGACAUAUUUACUUUCUAAAUAGAGAUGAAUUGAAGAAGCAGGCCCUCGACUCUUCAAUAAGUGAAACUCUUUUAUCUUUUCCUGAAACUAUGGAAGUGACCGAUCUUAUUCUUGACCCACAAACAGGUUUUCUCUUCUUCACGGAUAGUCUGAAUCAGACGAUAUACAUCUCCAAGCUGGGGGAGUACAUUAAACCCAUCAUACACUUCAAAAAGAAGCUUCAAACAGUUCGAGACAUCAAAUUAGAUACAGUGGACAUGUGGUUGUUCGUGUUAGUGCAAGUAGGUUCCGUGAGUGAGAUAUACCAGUUUGAAUAUAACGGAAACUCCCCACGAACACAACCCCUCCAACAGUUCUCCAGUACUAACUGUUUAUUUACUGUGGACUCUGUCACUAAACGACUGUACCUGUUGGAUAAAUACGAGAAGUAUGUGCACGUGCUGACCUACAACAAUACCUGGCAAAGUGCCCAGCUAGCCCCACUCUCGCUGAGUACAGUAGUGAGUGUAACGAGUAUGAGUGUUUUUAACAACACUCUCUACAUCACGGGUAGUAAGAUUAACGGGGUGUUGGUCCUGGAUCUUGUCUCUCAGCUGGAGACUUUCAUUUUACCUUAUCUUGGAUAUCUCAGUGAUCUGGUACUGAUGAUUCCUGUUGCAUUCUCGACGCCCUCCUUAUGUAGUUCCAGUUACUGUCAUCAACUGUGUUCUGGUAACCGUGGCAACACUACAACUGAUAACGAUGGUAGUGUAGAUAAGAUAGAGUGUUUCUGUGGGACUGGUUACAGUAACUCUGGUAACCCUGGUAACCCUGGUAACCCUGGUAACCCUGGUAACUCUGAUGAGAAUUACUGUCAGAUGGAUAGUACAGGAGGGCAGCUAUUCGUCUGCCAAGAUUCUGGUCUACUCGUCUCUAAAGAUGUAAAGUGUAACGGUGUGAAUGACUGCUGGGAUUACAGUGAUGAGAAGAACUGUGAAUGUGAGGGAUUCGUUUGUGAUGGACUCUGUAUUCCUUCCUCCAAUGUGUGUGACUCAGUCCCUCAAUGUCCACGUGCUGAAGAUGAACAGUGUUGUCAUGACAAUGUCACGUGUUGUCAUGGUAACGCCCCUGGUAACACCCCAUGUGAGUGUGACGAGGAGAAGGAGAUGAAGUGUGGUGGAGGAGGGUGUGUAAGUGUUGGGAGGUGGUGUGAUGGAGUACAGGAUUGUACAGACAGGAGUGAUGAACUGAACUGUGCAGAAUUCAGGGAACACUCCUUCAAGUGCUUUCACUCUAACAGUACGCGUUACAUACCGUUGCUAUGGAGAUGUGAUGGGAGAUACGACUGUUCUGACUUCUCAGAUGAAGCUCUCUGCUUGGGCGGAGGCUGCAGCCCAACACAACUGUCGUGCGAUAACGGAAGAUGUCUGGACUCUCAGUACCUGUGUGAUGGUGUCGUGCAUUGUAAAGAUAAAACCGAUGAGAUGAACUGUCAAAACGCCACUUGUCACAACGGGACGCUGCCUUGCGGGGAUGGGACCUGCUUGUCUAGCGACUUGUUUUGUAACGGUGUAGCUGACUGUAACAGCAAUACGACAUUAUUUACAGAUGAGCUCUGUGACUUCGACAAUUUGCUCUGUCCACAAUCUCAGUUUAAGUGUGAUGCGGAACAGUGUAUACCACAAGGCUGGGUCUGUGACGGAACAUCAGAAUGUACUGGUGGUGAAGAUGAGUUGAACUGCCCUGCUAUUCAAGACACUGACUCUGUAACAUGUGACAACUGUUCCUGUGACACUGACACUGACUGCUCUCAGAGCUGUAUAUCCGGGAAAUGCGCAUGUAACGAUGGUUACACCAUGUCAACCACAGACAACAAGACAUGUGAAGCGACCAGUCCUGCAACUGUGUACUUUACAACCAACAGUGGGCUCUACACCGCUCAGUUGGGAGGAGGUGUUUUCUCUGCUGUAACAUCUCUCACAUACCAGCACAGUCCUGAAAUAUCUCAUUUGAUCUGUUCUCUGAGACUGGUGUCAUCAUAAGUUAGUGGAGGUCAGAUACUGGCUAUAAAUCUGACAGGGAAACACACAGUAGAUGUUAAAGUGAAGAGAGAGAGGGAGAUCAGGAGUGUCGCUGUGGACUGGGUUAAUGAUAAUAUCUACUGGAUAGAAGAUAACACUCUAAUGAUGAGUAACACUCAGUACUCAGGACUCAGAUCCUUGAGUAGUGACGUGUCUGAUGUGAUGUUAGAUGUAAAGUACAACACUCUGUACUACACUACAACACAACAUGCUUUAGUUAGAUGUAGACUUGACAUGACAGAGUGUAACACUAUGUUACAAGAUGUAGUAAAGCUCUACCUAGACCAAGUCAGCAGGAAUAUCUACUACACUUCACUCAACAACUCUCUAUACAGACUCAGCAACACUGGGGUGUCCCAUCUUCUCACAGACUCUCUUACUACAGAUACAGUGAACCAAAUAGUGUAUUUUGAGAGCAGUGUAUACUACACUACUGGUGGUGCGCUGAGAUCCUACAACAAAUUGACUGGUAGUAACACUCCAGUAACUCUACAAUCCAACGGAACACCACUCUUUCCAGCCAGGAUAAUACUCGGCCACGCCUCACUGCAACCCUCAUCUCCAGAAUCACCCUGUAAAGCCGCGCAGUGCUCACAACUCUGUACUCAGAGUGUACCGGGUACUGCACAGUGUUUGUGUAGUAACGACUACACACUAUCAAAUAGCCAGUGUAUCUACACUGGUGAGGAGUGUAUCGGCGUGUUGAGGUGUGAUGACAGGAGGUGUAUGAGGGACGAGUCAGAGAGGUGUGACGGCUUCAGGGACUGCUAUGACGGAUCAGACGAACUGCACUGUAACACUACAUGUGGGAAGAAUGAGUGGCACUGUGAGGUGGGAGGUUGCGUGCAUAGUUCUCUGAGAUGUGACACUGCCCAGGACUGCGUGGGAGGGAGUGACGAGAGGAACUGUACCGGAUUAUGUGACAGCGGCUUCCUCUGUAACUCAGGACAGUGUAUCAACAGUAAGCUCCAGUGUAACAAACACCCUGAUUGCCCUGAUAAAAGUGACGAGGAUGUUGAGUUGUGCGGACACGCGGCGUGCGCAUCAGGCACGUUUGAGUGUGAACCUAACCACUGUAUCCCACUGAGUUGGACAUGUGACGGAUACUCGGACUGUAGCAAUGGUACUGAUGAGGUGGGGUGUGACAGUGAACAGUGUGUUGUGAGGUGUGAUGUGAGAGGGUCGGGGGAGGCGCGCUGUCUCCCCGCGAGCGCGCAAUGUAACGGUAUACCUGACUGUGAGGAUGGUACUGAUGAGACUGACUGCUCUACUGAAACUACCUGGUGUAAAGACUGGGAAUUCUCCUGUGAAGACGGGUCCGCUUGUGUUAGCUUCUUAUUAAGGUGUGACGGAGUGGCUCAGUGUAACGACAAGAGUGACGAAGCAUUGUGUGACGAGUGUAAAGAAGGUUACACGACGUGUGAUAACGGUCAGUGUGUUCACCCUCGUUACAAGUGUGACGGUAACAGAGACUGUCCCUUAGGAGAGAUGAGUACUCACAACAUAUCACUAUUGGAAUGCUCGGAAUGCUCCUCAGACCAGAUCUCCUGUGACAGCUCCUGCCUGCCUCUCCUUCUCCGCUGUGACGGUGAGAACGACUGUAGUGAUGGUAGUGAUGAGACAGACUGUGUCUCGCCACACUGUUCACCUUCCCACUUCAUGUGCUUAUCUGGAGCUUGUAUAGAUAAGCACUACAGAUGUGAUGGUAGUCGUGAUUGUAGUGAUGGGUCUGAUGAGGAUAACUGUUCUGUCUGCUCUCUCUCCCAUUUCCUCUGUGAUACUGGACUCUGUCUCGAUCAGGAGAGUGUGUGUAACGGAGUAGAUGAGUGUGGAGACGGUUCAGACGAGAGAGGGUGUGACCAGGACCCUGUUAACGAGUGUCUCUCCCGUCCCUGUGAUCUGGAACAUGGCCAGUGUGUAGAUCUGAGACUUGGCUACUACUGUUCCUGCGAUCAGGGCUACGAACUGGCCCUUAACAAGAAGUACUGUAUUGACACUGACGAGUGUGACUUGAAAGUACAUGCCAGACAGUGUACCCAGCUGUGUUACAAUACUGUGGGUGGGUUCGCGUGUGGGUGUGUAGCGGGCUACUCUCUAGAUCGUAGAGAUCAUGUGACGUGCCGCGCGGACACGCCCUUAUCUUAUCUCCUGUUAUCUCACCACUCCGUCUACUCCCUCUCUGAGGUGUCCUACUAUAACCACAGUAGAGAGCUUGUGUUGUACGACCUACCAGACUCAGUGCACCACAUAGCUACUCACAUCACAUCUACCUCCACCUUGCUCUACACUGCUGAGGGAAGCUCUAUUAAACGUUACGUCCUGCCCCCGCUCACUCUGGAUACCAGCCUAACCAAACCCACCCUGAAUAGGAGGACGUUAGAGAACGUGCACGUGUCCUCUUUAGCAGUGGACUGGAGUACAGGCAACUUGUACUGGAGUGACCCGGUUUUAGGAGAAAUAAAGCUGUACUCCCCGCCUAGUGGCCCCUCGGUUAGUGUGGUCAGUACUCACUGUGACAAAGUCAGAGGACUAGUGCUACUCCCACAGCGGGGUAAGAUGUACUUUAUACACGUGUAUCAGGGUGUAUCUCAGAUAGCAGAGACUGGACUAGAUGGAACUAGGCGGAGGAGAGUAACAGGACGGGGAGAGAUGGUCUCACACUUUGAUAUUGAUCACAUCACCACUACUCUCUACUACUUCUCAUCCUACUGUGCCGACCCUGAACAUGACUUCUGUAUGUACAAGAUUGAGCUGCAGUAUCCUACUCCUAAAACACAGCUACUGGAAAGUGGAGAUUUAAUGCCAUAUGAAAUACUGACUGGUUUCAGAGCUUUUGGAUCUCAUCGCUAUAUGGCUAUGUCCAGGCGAGGGGUGCUGGAUUGUAAACUUUACCAAGGUUGGGACUGCAGACAGCUUACUACAAACGAGACCGAAUAUACUGAUAUCCUGUUCUUAUCUCCACUCUCUCAGCCUCUUCUUGAGAACGCUUGCGGAGUAGACACGUGUGGGGAGGGGGCUGUUUGUGUAAACACAGCAGUAGAUGCAUUAGGUACUCAACUACACACUGCCUGUGUGUGUGCAGGUAAAGAUGAAGUGUACGAGAAAGGGAAGUGUAAGGCAGUGGAGAGCAGGUGUGAUGAGGAGAUCUACUUCUCCUGUCAGUCUGGAGGGUGUAUAGAGACAAGGUUUAAAUGUGACCAUGUCAGGGACUGUACUGAUGGAAGUGAUGAGAUGGGGUGUGAGGAGUUCCAUUGCAACGACCUGGUCCAAUUCUCCUGUCGUAAUGGUAACCAAUGUGUCCCUAUAGAGAGACGGUGUGAUGGUUUUAAAGACUGUGCUGAUAACUCUGAUGAAGACUCCUGUACCUCUUCUCUGUGUGCAGAGUCUGAGUUUCUUUGUAACAGCACUAAGACCUGUAUACCGGAGUUGUGGAGAUGUGAUGGAACUGAAGAUUGUUUGGAAGGGGAGGAUGAGAAGGGUUGUUGUCAUGGUAAGGAGGAGGGAUGUGAAGAGUGCAGCGGGUUCCAGUGUCUCAACAACAACAAGAGACUACAGUGUUACUCUGACAGUGUAGUGGGGGACGGUAAAGUGGACUGUUAUUACAGUGUGGAUGAGGACAAGUCUGAGAUGAGAUGUGAGGGUGGCACCUUCCUGUGCAACUCUCUGUGUUACCCUGACAACUGGCGGUGUAAUGGCGAAGUGGACUGUGGUGAUGAGGAGUCAUGUGAGAUGUCAUGUGAUCAAGAUCAUGGGUUAUUCGGGACACGGUGUGUGUCCAACUCCCUAAUGUGUGAUGGGUGGAGGGACCUAGAGGGAGGGGAGGACGAGGAGGGCUGUUUUGUGUCAUGUGACCUGAACUACCUCUCCUGUAACGGGAUGUGUGUCCCGAGUGACUCCGACUGGCUCUGUGAGGGGUAUUGUGGCGAGGAAGUGAUCAGUCUCAUCCACCAGAUCCAGAGGGGGUGCAAGUGUGGUGUCUCCCAGAGACAAUGUAAGAGCGGGAGAUGCCAGGACGCCAGUUUCUGGUGUGAUAAGGAGGUGGAUUGUUUACAUGAAGAUGAUGAGGUAUGGUGUCCAGGAUCUAACUGUGCUCCUCCUGAUUUCUGCUGUUCCUACUCCGGGAGAAUACUAAGGGACAGUGUGGGAGUGUGUGACGGUGCGGAUGACUGUUUGGAUGGGAGUGAUGAGUUGUUGUGCCCUGCAGUCUCCUAUCCUCAAUGUGCUCCUGAAGCUUACGACUGUGAAACUGAUGAGACCCUUGAGGAGAGAUGUAUAUUUGCUCCAAAGUGCGAUAACAGCACUGCGCACCAGAGACAUGUGUGUACUAACCAGCGGGACAUUAUGCGCUGUAACCAUGGAGACCCUUGCAGCGCAAAUAACGGCGGAUGCGCGCAAGUGUGUAACCCUCUCCCAGAUAACACUAGACAGUGUUCCUGUUUCCUGGGUUAUUAUCUAGACAGUGACGGACGCACGUGUAAAGAUAUAGACGAGUGUAAAGAUCCUAACACGUGUAGCCAGGUGUGUACUAAUCUGAAGGGAAGUUACACGUGCAGUUGUAUAGCAGGGUUUGUCAAGUGGGGAGGCGAUGGCAGCAGCUGUAAACUUCAGUCAGGGCCCACUCAGGUACUGAUAUCCACCGAGUUCGAUAUGAGGAUCUCAUCUCCCACCUCUCUCACCAAGGUUACCUCCGGUGAACGAGCCUCCUUCAAAUUCUCCUUCUACUCAGCAGAAAUUGGUAACUAUUACUUCGUAGUGGGGAUUGUGGACAACUACAAACUCUACAAGCUGGUGGACUCCCAAGAGGUGUUUGUAACGGAACUAGAGGGUCGUGUAGCUGAUCUGGAGUAUAACCCACUCACUAAUAACAUAGUUUACUGCAACUCUUACUCAGUUAACAUCCUGUCUCUUAACCGGACCCUCGCUUCCACCACCGUCUACACAGACAUUGUCCGGCCGGUACAAAAACUAGCUCUCAGUCCCCGGUCCGGACUCAUAUUCUACACCAGGAACUGGAUGUUGGGAGUGAUGAAGAGUGAUGGAUCGGUUAGCAAGUACCUCGCAACAGAUAACAGUGAUAUGAGGACCUACCAGUUUAAAGACGGCCGAGUAACGAGUAUUUCAGUGGACGAGCCUGCUAAAAGAGUGUACUGGUACGACUCCGAUCUCCAGCAACUCUCCUCCGCCUCCUACUCCGGUAGAAGAGUUAAAACAGUGCUCAGUAAACUAAAGCACGUGCAACAGAUCAGAGUGUUUGGGGACCACGUGAUAUACCACACAGGGAAGGAUUUAUGGAGUGUGGAGAAGAGAGGGAGGAGUGUGAGUGUGAGGAGAGAGUUCCUGUUACCUAGGUGCUCUCACAUCAGUGUAGUGACCAAGUCUCCUGCUGUCUUAGACAAGUGCAGAGAGUGUGGUGUGUGUUUGAUAGAUGAGGGAGCUGGGCCAGCUUGCUACAGUAAACAUGACAACACGUGUGAGUGUGUUAAUGGUGGCAAGUGUAAUGUCACUACUGGAGGGGAGAUGGUGUGUGAGUGUCUUCCCGGUUACCAUGGUGACACGUGUGAUUUACUGAACAAUGGGUCCAGGUCCCAUUCUUUAAUCGAUAUAGUAGUUGCGAUAGUGGUGCUUCUUUUCGUAUUAGCGUUGAUAGCGCUGUGUUUCAUAUGUAAGCGAAGAAACUUACUGUCUAAGUUCAAAGACUUUUUAACAGGUAAACUGUUCAAAGUGCCUCCUUCAGUGAGGUACAGUAGGCAUACCAGUUCAGUGACUACUAACAAUAACAGUGUAGAGUAUGGUAUUUUCAAUGAGGCCUGUGAGGAGUAUGACUUAGAAGAAAUGAACACAGACCAGUGCCAUCUUAUGGAGGAUAAUUUAGAGGAUCACGAGGAUGUCAUCUAGUCACUUAUUUGUAAUUAAAUUAAUUUAUUAUUUAUUUUUCCUGGAGAAAACUCUAACUACUUUACGUAGUUGUAAUGAUAACUUUCAAUUGUAUUUGUUUAUUACCGUCCACAAAUGCGCGCUUUCUAUGUACAGUUUAGUGUCUGACACAAAUGCACUUUUUUUCUUGAUUAUUAAUUUUAGGUUUUUAGGUUGUCUAGGUAAAUAUGGUCGCCAAGUUUCUUCCAUUUAUUAAACACAGUUGUCUAACACAAUUUAGCCCAGUAAAUGGGAUUUUGCCGUGUUUGUUUACUUUCGAAGCCAACCAACCUAUCCAGAAACCCAAUUGAUUGAAUGUCCUUUUUCAAACUUUUUGAAUCAGACACAAAGCACACAUUUCAAAGCUGAUUUAUGGUAAAGGUAAAUUUAUUUCCUCAAGUUACUAAUUGAGUAAUUGAAGGUUGGCUUCGAUCGUUAAGUUGGUUGUUUGUUAUAUUGGCUGGAUUCGCUAUUUUUAUAUUUGUCAGGAUUUUCAAUUAACUUGAUG